UAAAGACGCAUAUGUCGAUCUCUCUUCCGGUAAGAGGAAGGCUCACGUGGUUGUUCGCACCUAAGAAAGCAUGGAUGCUGCGGGCAAAUGGAGGAAUUUGCCCAACAGUCCCAGCCUCAAGCAUCUUACGGCGUCGGACUACGGCCUGCCCAGAGAGCAACAGAGGCCUGCCCUUCAGGAUAUUGCACGGGCUCAUAUUGAGUCGUUCAACUACGCUGUAAGCGAAGGACUGAACCGUGCCGCGCAGGAUAUUCCUCCUUUGGAGUUUGCUUUUAAGAAUGAUCGGAUUACUUUGGCCUUUUCAGGGGCCACCAUCAGCCCUCCUAUGGUACCAAAAGGGAGUAUAUGUAAAGAGCUGAAAGUUUAUCCAGCAGAAUGUCGAGGACGUAGAAGUACCUACCGUGGGAAACUGACUGGUGAUAUCAGCUGGUCAGUGAAUGGAAUUCCUAAAGGAAUUAUUAAACAGACCCUUGGGAAUAUUCCAAUUAUGGUGAAAUCUAAAUUCUGUCAUCUCCAUGGCCUUUCUCCCAAAGCACUUAUCCAACACCAUGAAGAAGAAGAGGAAAUGGGUGGUUAUUUCAUAAUUAAUGGAAUAGAAAAGGUGAUAAGAAUGAUGAUUAUGCCUCGGCGCAACUUUCCUCUUGCAAUGAUAAAACCAAAAUGGAAAUCUAGAGGCCCAGGCUACACACAAUAUGGGGUCUCCAUGCACUGUGUUAGAGAUGAGCAUACAUCUGUUAACAUGACCUUACACUACCUUGAUAGCGGUUCAGUGAUGGUGAAUUUCAUCUAUCAGAAGGAGCUGUUUUUUAUCCCGCUGGGAUUUCUCCUUAAGGCAUUGGUUGGUUUCUCAGACUUUCAGAUUUUCCAAGAACUGGUUAAAGGGAAAGAAGAUGAUACAUUUUAUAAGAACUGUGUCUCUCAAAUGCUGAGGCUGGUUACAGAGGAUGGCUGUGUGACCCAGAAGCAAGUGCUAAUCUUCUUAGGGCAGCACUUCAGAGUAAAAUUGAACCUUCCUGAUUGGUAUUCCAAUGAGCGGGUUGGAGAGUUCCUUUUCAAGCAGUGCAUCUGCAUACAUUUGAAAACAAAAGCUGAGAAAUUCUACUUGCUUUGUCUCAUGACACGAAAGCUUUUUACUUUAUCCAAAGAGGGUUGCAUGGAGGACAAUCCUGACAGUUUAAUGAACCAAGAAGUGCUCACCUCAGGACAACUUUACCUCAUGUUUUUAAAGGAGAAGAUGGAAACUUGGCUACACUCAGUUAAACUAGCAUUAGAUAAGAAAGCUCAGAGGUCAAAUGUAACAAUUACUUCAGAAAACAUGAUAAAGAUUCUUGGCAUGGGAAUAGAUCUCACCCGGAUGCUUGAAUAUCUCCUGGCAACUGGUAACCUGCGCUCAAAGUCAGGUAGGAUUGUAUUCAUGAACAUUGCCGUGUCCAAGGAUGAAAUUCAACCUGGGUUGACCACUCAUCAGGAGCUUUUUCCCUAUAGCAUGCUAAGCGUGGUGGCAUGUUUCAUUCCUUUCUCUGAUCACAAUCAAAGUCCAAGAAACAUGUACCAGUGUCAGAUGGGUAAGCAGACAAUGGGUUUUCCACUUCUCACCUUCCCGUAUCGAUCUGAUGACAAACUAUACCGGCUUCAGACUCCUCAAAGCCCAUUAGUUCGGCCAUCCAUAUAUGAUUAUUACAAUAUGGACUCUUAUCCCAUUGGAACAAAUGCCGUUGUUGCUGUGAUCUCCUAUAGUGGUUACGAUAUGGAAGAUGCAAUGAUCCUGAGCAAGUCAUCUUGGGAGAGGGGAUUUGCACAUGGCAGCAUCUACAAGACAGAACGUAUUGAUCUUGGAGAAAAAGUAAAACAAGGAGAAGACAAUCUAGUGUUUGGGAUUGGGCAUGAUAAACCUGUGCAGAGUUUGGACCCUGAUGGCCUGCCCCAUAUUGGAGCUAUACUUCAAUAUGGAGAUCCUUACUAUAGCUAUGUGAAUCUCAACACAGGGGAAAGCUUUGUGACCUACCAUAAGAAUAAGGAAACUUAUAUUGUAGAUAACAUCAAGGUGUGCAGCAAUGAUACUGGAACUGGAAGAUUCAAGUGUGUAUGCAUCACUUUCAGAGUCCCCCGGAAUCCAACAAUUGGAGACAAAUUUGCCAGCCGUCAUGGGCAGAAAGGCAUCUUGAGCCGAUUGUGGCCAGCUGAAGACAUGCCCUUUACCGAAAGUGGAAUGGUGCCGGAUAUCCUCUUCAAUCCUCAUGGUUUUCCAUCCAGAAUGACCAUUGGCAUGCUGAUUGAGAGCAUGGCAGGAAAAUCUGCCUCACUUCAUGGAUUCUGUCAUGAUGCAACCCCAUUUACGUUUUCUGAAGAGAAUUCCGCUGUGGAAUACUUUGGCAAGCUGCUGAAGGCUGCCGGCUAUAAUUACUAUGGGACGGAGAGGAUGUACAGUGGGGUUUCUGGAGUAGAGCUAGAAGCAGACAUUUUUAUUGGUCUUGUGUACUAUCAGCGCCUGAGGCACAUGGUCUCUGACAAAUUUCAGGUGAGGACUACAGGGGCCCGCGAUAAAGUCACCAACCAGCCCAUUGGAGGAAGGAACGUUCAGGGCGGCAUCCGCUUUGGAGAGAUGGAGCGGGAUGCUCUGUUGGCUCAUGGCACGUCCUUUUUGCUGCACGAUCGCCUCUUCAAUUGCUCAGAUCGUUCAGUGGCCCACGUUUGUGUUGACUGUGGUAGUCUCCUCUCACCUCUCCUGAAAGCUCCACCAGCCUGGUCCACCACUCGUCCCCGGCAAUACGUUUGUGCCUCUUGUGACCAAAGUAGCACCAUUGAAACAAUUGCUGUCCCUUAUGUCUUCCGCUGCUUUGUGGCAGAAUUGGCUGCUAUUAAUGUCAAAGUGAAACUUGAUGUACAGUAAUUAUGACAACUGAGCUGUCCUUUUCUAAUUCUAUAGAAGUUGUUAUAAAAGGACUUAUUCAUUUGUGUGGUACUGUAAGAUCAGACUGAUAUAUAUUUAUAAGGAAAGGGACACUCAGCAUAUUUUCUACAUUAAAAAACCACCCUAGAGGUGUUUGGAAUUAUUUAAUAAGCUUAAUAGCACAAGUCUUGAGUCUUUCUAAAAAGAUUGAAUGCUAAUUUAAUUCAACACAAUACUCCUUGGUCCCAGAAAGUCCAAUAAUUUUUCUUUUACUCUUUGGGGUUUACAUUUGGCUGGAAACAUAGGAAAUGACAUUCAGAAGCUUUUUCCAUAGAAAACAAGUAGAUGCUGAGAUGCCCCUAUCAUGUUUCAGUAUUUAAUCGUUGUCUACAUUGUUUAAGCAGAACAGUCUUUUAAUCGCAGCCUAAUAGUGAGCACUGAGAAGUGAUGUCAAAGUGCCUUUAUAGCACUUUCCUUGAUGUGGCUAUUAUUAUAAGGAAAGGAGAAAGAGCAACAUGAUGGCUUGUUCAUUUUUUUUUCUUUUCUUUUUUGGAACUACUACCUUGAAUUAAAGAUUAAAAGAGUUCUGACUGAUUUGUAUUUAAUAAAUACCCAGAAAGUUUCUGUAAUAUUUUCUCUUUCCAUUUUGAAGGGAGGUGGCUGCACUGUCUGCUUGAGUUAUUUUUAUCUGUUUGACAUUCAGCCUUGACUGUCAGUCAUGAUCUGCAUAUGUGUCUUUCAUAAUCUAUAUCCUGCAUCUGGCAAGAUGUCAUGAUUUGAAAGUGGCUUAGGAAUGGAGUAGUUCUUGUUUUACUUUUCCCAUUUAUCUAACAUUGUUCAGAACAGAAAGAAAAUUGUAAUUUGUAUUCAAAUGAUUUUUCUUUACGGUAUUAAUGCACUUGUUGACUUUUUUUAGAACAUUGCUGAAAUGUUGCCUAUUUUGAUCAUAAAUUGCAGGAAAAAAAAUCUGUGUUCUCUGUGGGAGUGAGACUGAGCUUUUUAAAAUAAAACUUCAAAUCAAAUGGGUACUGAUUUUAAUGGAUUUCAUUCUAGGUUAAUUAUUUAAAGUACUGCUUAGGCUUUUGAUCAGAAAAAAAAUAACUUCAAUUAUAUUUAUUGGAGAUCAUCACGGUUCGUUCCAUUUCAUCUAGGGUGUUUGAGCCUGGCAUAUGCAGAAAGCUAGAAGGUAGAAGGAUCCUUUUAAUCAAAAUAUUAAAAAGAUGUAUGAUUGGCAAUUAAUUUUUGUUCCCCAGUGACUGGAAAAUAAUCAAGGAGAGAAGCAACCUAGAACUAAGGAGAAAUUUCC